CAUUGCGGCAAAAUGGCUGCCCCCAGGCGGUGCUUCCCUGGGAUAGUUCGGGCUUUGUUGGGGGCUUGGCAGGUGGGUUCGCAUGCAGGGAGGGAGUGGGUUUCACCACCCGGCAGUCUUCUAGGUAACCAUGUGAGGUGCGUGUCCUGUGUCGUGGGCGCCACUUUCUCUGGUCCCCUCCUGGCUUCGGCUUCUAGUCGUUAUGGUCAAGACUCCGCCUUGGACCGUAUCCUUGGAUUCCCUCAGCCUGACAGUUCUUUGGUUCCGAGCGUCCCCGCGGUGUCGGUGCACAGAGAUGAGCAGAAUCUACUCUUGGUCCAUACUCCUGACAUGCCUGAGAAUCCCCGGGUCCUCCGAGUGGUCCUCCUGGGAGCUCCAAAUGCAGGGAAGUCAACUCUUUCCAAUCAGCUGCUGGGCCGUAAAGUAUUUCCUGUCUCAAAGAAGGUGCACACCACUCGAUGUCAAGCUCUGGGGGUCAUCACAGAGAAGGAGACCCAGGUGAUUCUGCUUGACACACCUGGCAUCAUCAGUCCUGUUAAACAGAAGAGGCACCAUCUGGAGCUCUCCUUGCUGGAAGAUCCAUGGAAGAGCAUGGAAUCUGCUGAUCUUGUUGUAGUUCUUGUGGAUGUGUCAGACAAGUGGACCAGGAGCCGGCUAAGCCCCCAGGUGCUGCGGUGCUUGACCAAGUUCUCCCAGGUCCCUAGCAUCCUCGUCUUAAACAAGGUAGAUUGUCUGAAGCAGAAGUCAGUUCUCCUGGAGCUGACCACAGCCCUCACUGAAGGUGUCGUCAAUGGCAAGAUGCUUAAUGUCAGGCAGGCCUUUCGCUCACGCCCCAGCACCCACUGCCCUGGCCCUGAAACUGAGGACCCAAACACACAUGCAGUGAGAAGCCCCCAGAGAACCGGCUGGCCCUACUUCCAGGAGAUCUUCAUGUUAUCAGCACUAAACAACAAGGAUGUGAACACAUUGAAGCAAUACCUUCUGACACAGGCCCAGCCGGGACCCUGGGAGUUCCACAGUGGAGUUCUCACUAGCCAGACACCCGAAGAGAUCUGUGCCAAUAAAAUCAGAGAGAAGCUCCUAGAGUACCUGCCCGAGGAGGUGCCCUACAGUGUACAGCAGAAGACAGUGAUCUGGGAGGAAGGGCCGAGUGGGGAGCUCGUGAUCCAACAGAACCUUCUGGUGCCCAAAGAGUCUCAUGUGCGGAUCCUGAUUGGUCAGAAGGGCCUCUUGAUCUCCCAGAUUGCACAGGAGGUGAGCCAAGACCUCAUGGACAUCUUCCUUUGUGAUGUUCUCCUCCGCCUGUCUGUGAAACUCCUCAAAUGACCAUCCUCUGUCACUAUUCAGAGUGGAUCUCUGCUCGAGCUGCUGGCAGAGUCAUUGACUAGAACCACCUCUGUCAGAGGGGUCUACAGGACUGGGGGUGGGGUGGGGUGGGCAUGGACACUGACUGGCUGCUAGCCAGUCUGGCAUUGCCAAGUCUGCACAGUGCCUGCCCAACCAUGUUUCCAUUGGAGAAGGAGGCUGUCUUCGCUCAGU